GGAACAAACCAUUAUUUCCUACUUCCUUGUAGGCACAGAUCUAAAUCCAUAAAUCCUUUUUUAAACACUAACCAAAACUGAAGGUAAAAGAAACUUAACUGACCUUUGAUCAUUUUCAGAACUUAUACCGUCCUUUCGUUAUUUCUUCGUUGUUCAAAUGGAAGAAUAUUUUGCGCCAACAACAGGAGUCUCCAAAAGCAGCAGCGGUAGCCAUUCAGAUCUUUUUCACCGCGGGACGUGAGCGCUUAAACUCUCCUCAACAAUACUGCCGACCACAGUUCCUUUCAGCGGGCCCGACAGAGACAGAGGGGGAGCGGGGACGGCAGUUUAGCCACUGACUCUUUCUGGGAAGCACUUGGCUGGGUUUUGUGCUUUUUCUACUGAAAGCGACAUAGGACGUGUUCUCAUGCAAUCUAAAAAUCUAAACUAACGUUGCACUUUCAAGAUAGGCCUGUGCCAUCCAUCUAACCAUGGACUUCCUUCUGAGAGAGGCCAGUGAAAGGAAAAGCAGCAGCCUUUAUUGGAGAUUGGCUGCAUCAUCCUGACAUCAAAACCCUGUGAAGUUCUCCCUGUUGGGGUCAAUGAGAGGUUCAUUUAGCUGUAGCCCACUAUGUAACCUCCAGUGUACCAUACACACAACCAAGACAACAAGUUGCCAUAUAGGAACACCAUGAAAACAAAAUCCACAGGAUUCUUUGUACUGACUCUUAGGGUUUCCCUGUAGCUACCUUCUUGUAGUGUUUGCCCCUGUUAGCUAACAUAUUACUGUGUGAAGCUAGCUACCACAGGACUACACCGUUUUCAGUUUCAACACAGCAGCCAUGCAUCUUCAAAACUUCCUGGCAUUUGUCUGGCUCCUCUCCCGGGUCCUGGCCUUGGACACUACACUGCCGGACUGCAUUCCCAGGAAAACUGUACCUUAUCACAGAGACCAUUUCCGUGAGUUUCGGGAGGAGAAAGUGUUGAACUACUCCACCAUGCUGCUGAGGGAGGACCUGGGGCUUCUGAUGCUGGGAGCCCGAGACAACGUCUACGCACUGGACAUCCAUGACAUCUCCAGGAAGAUGGCCUCUGUGAGCUGGAAUGUAACAGCCAUUCAACAGCAAGAAUGCAGUAACAAAGGAAAGGACUCUGAGAUAGAGUGUCAGAACUUCAUCAGGAUACUACACACCAUGGAGGAUGGGAGGAUGUAUGUGUGUGGAACCAACGCCUUCAACCCAGAAUGUGACUUCAUGUCGUAUGUAGAUGGAAAACUGAUUCUCGAGAACAAAAAGGAAGACGGCAAAGGAAAGUGCCCUUUCGAUCCCUUCCAGAGAUUCUCCUCCAUCAUGGUUGGUAAGGACCUAUACUCUGCCACCUCCAUGAACUUUUUGGGCUCUGAGCCCAUCGUCAUGCGUAGCUCCCCUGUCUCCAUACGCACUGAGUUUAAGAGCUCCUGGCUACACGAGCCUAAUUUCAUCUCCAUGGCCCAGAUGCCAGAUAGUGAAAGCGGUGUUGCCGGGGGUGACGAUAAGGUGUACCUGUUCUUUAGUGAGACUGCAGUGGAGUAUGACUUCUACAGCAAACUGGUGGUAUCCCGUGUAGCCCACGUAUGCAAGGGGGACCUAGGGGGCCAGAGAACCCUGCAGAAGAAGUGGACGUCCUUCCUGAAGGCCAGGGUGGACUGUCCAGUCCUAGGGUCCCGGCUGCCCUACAUCAUCCAAGACACCUUCCUCUGGUGUGACCCAGAGCAGGGCCAGGAGAGCUGUCUCUUCUACGCAGUCUUCACACCACAGUCCGACACGACAGACCUGUCAGCUGUGUGUGCCUACCGUGUUGCGGACAUUAGCAGGGUGUUCUCAGAAGGGAAGUACAAGACCCCGGUCACCGUGGAAACCUCCUUUGUGAAGUGGGUGAUGUACAGCGGAGACGUCCCCUCCCCCCGCCCUGGAGCUUGUAUAGAUGAUAAGGCUCGUAGUCAGGGCAUCAAUAGUUCUCUGGACCUGCCAGACCGGACCCUCCAGUUCAUCAGGGACAGACCCCUCAUGGACCAGGCUGUCCUGCCGCUGGGAGAGGAACCCCUGCUGGUCAGGAGGGGACCUGCCUUCACACGCAUCAUAGUCCACACAACACAGGCCUUGGACGGAGAGAAAUACCAUGUCAUGUUCAUAGGCACAGUGGCGGGCAGUGUGCUGAAAGCGAUCAGCUUCAGUGGAGAGAUGUUCAUCAUAGAGGACGUGCAGCUCUUCCAACCCCCAGAGCCAAUCAAAGUCCUCAAAUUCUCCAGCGCCAUGGGUCAGCUGUAUGCAGGCUCUGAGCAUGGAGCAGUGCAGAUGCAGCUGGCCAGCUGUGGAAGAUCUCUGUCCUGUGUGGACUGUGUGUUGUCCAGAGACCCGUACUGUGGCUGGGACAGAACCACGGCUCAGUGCACCGCCCUGUCUCCCACACACAGUGACCUGAUCCAGAGUGUGAAGAAGGGAGAUGCCUCUCUCUGCCCAGAUACCGACCCUGUGAAGCCAGUUAAUAUGAGUGUGUGGCUGGGGGGAAACCGGGAGCUCCAGUGCCCCCCCUCCUCCAACCUGGCGAAUACCAGCUGGCUGCGAGACGGCCUCCCCCUGCCUUCGUCGCCCCGCCACCAGCUCCUCCCCAACAGCCUUCUCAUCUUCAACGCCUCGGCCUCCGAUGCAGCCCGCUACCACUGCGUGUCCCGGGAGCAGUCCCACGCAGGGGAUUACAACACCACUGUGGCUGACUACCUGCUGAGGAUAGCUGCAGGCUCUGGGAGAAGCCCCGGGGACCCGACCUCACCCCAGGCCCAGACAGAGGCUGCUAACCUGGCUGCUCUGCAGGCCUCUGUAGGCCUCCUGGCGAUUCUCCUGGCCGCCUUGCUGGGCUGGAACUUCUACAAGGGGCAUCUGCGCCUGCCCUGUAUGGUCGGAAGAGGGGCGAGAAAAGGGCAGAGCCCGAGUGAACCAGAACAGGACACUAACUUGUCCAAGAGAGAGGAACCACAGCCUGGGGAGGCAGAGGUCAAGUCCCUAGUCUCUCAUGUGAACUGUAGCGGGAACAACAACCAUGCUGGUCUGGGAGGGGAGUCUCCAGAGGGGGGGGCAUCCAGAGUCAGCCUCAACUCACUGCAGUACAUUGAUGAAUCAGAGAUGUGAUCCUCCCCGAUUUAGAGCUGGAAACUGGGUUAUGACUGUACAUGGUUGGGGUAAAAACACUGCUGAAAGACCCAGAACCCUAGCAAGACAACUGAUAGAAAUGUAAAAAGUUACUGUGAAAUACUCCAAACUUUGAAAUAUGAUUUCACUGGCACAAGAGAACCUCUUAGCAUUAUUUUUUACUUCCAGCUGAGAAAAACUCAUGCCAUGUCCAUACUGAAAUUAUAUUGUUUUUCAACUGUUUAUAUCUGAAUCUCUUUUCAAGGUCAUAACAACAAAUAGUGUAAAUUCACAUUACAAAUUACAUAUCUAUGUUUUUUUAAGGAUAAGAAAUUCUGUAAUGAUCAAAUUUCCUCAUUUCUUUCUAACUCGUGUAAACAAAUGUUCUCAGGAUAACUGUUAGCCAUUGAAUUUAAGUUGACUUCAUUAAAUAUUUUGAU